UAGCUCGUGAAGGCCGCGAACUUCACAAGACGACGGCGAAGCUCUUGAUCCUUAGAAUCAUCAAGCAAUCGACGAGCGAGGAGGGAGAAUGGAGCUGUGACCCUGACGUCCCAGAUCAGCAAGAAGCGAAAGGAUCGGCAAUCAAUACGUGUGUCAGUUGGAAAAAUGACGCCUUGAAGCUCAAUCGAUAUAUAUGUGUGUCAGUCCAAACCGAUGGCCGCUGUAACACAGACUAAACCCAAUUCAAUCGAACCGAAUCAGACCGCAUCAGCCACGGGCAACCGGUUCAUUCUCUUUCGUCUCUCUCUCUCUCUCUCUCUCUCUCUUCACGCACGUACAAUUUAUAAGAGUUGGAGCUUCUGAAGGUGAACUGCGGGAGUUGCCACCGCACCGCGGAGAAGCUCAAGCUAUACCGGAAGUCUGAUAUUGUGAGAACUCCAAAGUCCGAAAGCCUUCUCUUUGAUCUGUAAAGUCUGAUUGGAAGCCGAGAUGUCCAGGUUUAGAGCUCUUUGGCAAUCCUCUGUAAAUGCAACCAAGAGAGCUCUUACAUGGAACCUCGAAGACUUGGUCCCCCCUAGUGAGAAAUAUAUUUUCAAUUUUAAUUCGAAAGAAGAGCUCAAAAGGUGGCAUCUAUAUUCAGAUUCAGAAUAUGGAGGCCUGUCCUCAGCUUCUUUGGAGAUUGCGGAUGAUGGAAAUGGACCAAAGGGAAUAUUUUCUGGUAGCCUUUCCUUAGAUGUUGCAGAGGAUGCAAAAUGGAAUUUCACUCGUAGUGGGUUUUGUGGAAUGCGGUCCAAGAAGUUUGAUGGCUUCAUUGACUUGGACUCAUAUGAUACCAUAGCUCUAAAGCUUAAAGGAGAUGGCAGAUGUUACAUAUCCACUAUCUAUACAGAGAACUGGGUGAAUUCACCAGGACAACUAGAAGAUAAUUCGUGGCAGGCUUUUGUUUUCGCGCCGAAGGACAAUUGGUACGUUGCUAAGAUUCCUCUUGAUCGAUAUUUGCCAACAUGGAGAGGAAAUGUAAUAGAUGCAAAGUUGGAGAUGAAUCCCUCUCGUGUUCUUGGGAUGUCACUGUCGGUCAAUGCCGAGGGUGGAGUUUCUGGUGCAAGGACAGGACCUGGUGAUUUCAGGGUGGAAAUUGAUUGGGUCAAAGCACUCAGAGCACAAUAAAGCUAGACCGCACAUCAAUCUGAUUUUCAAGAUUGUAGAUCCAGACCAGCUCGGAGCUCAUAGUUGAAGUUAGCUGAGUUCUCAUCCAAUCGGAGGUCGGAUACUUAUAACUCUUGAUGGAGCUAUCUUUGUUUAGCCUUCAGGCGGAAAAUAGAACCGGAGAUGGAAAUCCUAGGACUUCUCAGACCUUGCUUAACACAACAUUAAGGUUAUUGAUUUAUCAGAGGACCCGAUGAUCCUUUCCAAACUCCUUACCCUUUCCAUUCUGUAAAUUAAAACAGUUUUUGUGAAGCUUAGAUGGAAUAAAAUUGUAUGCAGUGUUUUUUGGGAUGUUUAACUCGAGAUUGAGUCUUGACUGAGAACUGCAAUUGAUUUGAGAAUCAGUCGGGUGCUCUUUCAUUCGGAGUCCAAUAAUUUUAUAGGCGCACAUGUGAAGGCUAUAAGCUGUUAUAUAUUAUUUCUGUGAGAUUAUGAGACAGUUCUCAGCCUAUGAAUUACAUUUGGUUCUACUUUCGACUG